GACAAAAGAAAAAGUAGAAGAAGAAGCUGAAAAAAUAGAAGAAGUUGUCAGUCAUGUUAUGCGCAUUUAAGUCAGUAACAACCUUUUAGCCACCUCCAGCAAUAAUUUAGUUUUGACACUGUUGUUUAGCUACACUUCGUCUAUCUCUUCUCUUCCCUUCGUCUAUCUCCAAUAUCAGAUAUCCGACCUAUUACUUCUGUGCGUGCGUGCCGUGUUAACGUCAGCUAGCUGAAUGCUACUAGCAGCAUAGGUUUAACGGAAACACUGAAAACAUAACCAUCACCCUCUAACUUUAAAGCUUAAGCUGGCUACAUUUCAUAGAGUAUAAUGACCCGCCACGGAAAGAACUGUACGGCUGGAGCAGUCUACACCUACCACGAGAAAAGGAAAGAUACAGCGGCAUCUGGUUACGGCACACAGAGCAUUCGCCUGGGUAAAGAUGCCAUCAAAGAUUUUGACUGCUGCUGUUUGUCCUUGCAGCCCUGCCAGAAUCCUGUGGUGACUCCAGAUGGCUAUUUGUAUGAAAAGCAGGCCAUUCUUGAAUACAUUCUGCAUCAGAAGACAGAAAUUGCCAAACAGAUGAAGUUGUAUGAGAAGCAAAAACAAGCUAUGAAGAAUGACAGUAAGUUGGAGUCUAAGUCAGAGGAAAGGGAGAAAGUGGAGAAAUUUAAAACCAGAGAGAACAGCAUCGUCUCCAAACCCAUCAACCCUUUCACUUCUGGGCAGAACAGAGGAGGUGACAAGGGCAGCAGCUCAUCAGCAGCAGCAGCAUCAACAUCUUCUGGUUCAGUGGCCUCCUCCAGCCAGAGUCUGCCCAGCUUCUGGAUUCCCUCUCUGACACCUGAAGCCAAGCCUACUCUACUCAAGAAACCAAGCAAGGCUGUGCUGUGCCCGAUGUCAGGACGACCUAUAAAGAUGAACGAGCUGAUUACAGUGCGCUUUACACCAAUCGACCCGAGCCUGGACCGAGUGGCCCUGAUCACCCGCCAGGACAGGUACGUGUGUGCUGUAACCAAAGACGUCCUGGGCAACAGCCUUCCCUGUGCUGUCCUGCGACCCUCAGGUUGUGUGGUGACGCAGGAGUGUGUGGAGAAACUCAUCAGGGCGGACAUGAUCGAUCCUGUGAGUGGAGACAAGCUGUCUGACAAAGACAUCAUCCCGUUGCAGAGGGGAGGAACCGGCUUUGCCGCGGCUGGGGUGGAGCUUAAGGCCAAAGAGGCUCGUCCAGUGAUGCAAGUGUGACAGAUGCUUUUUUGCAGUUACAGUAAUAUGCCUGUAAGUAAUGUCAAGUUCCAGAAUCCUCUAGAAGAAAUAGUAUCGUGGUUUCUUAUCUUUUUUUUUUCUUUUUUUUUUGUAAAUUAAGGGCAGACAGAUUUUUUUUGGACAUCUUGGCCAUUUACUAUUAUAGUGAUACAAACGUAAAUACGGAAGGGCUUUGUAAGAAAGUUUAGGGGGAAAGCAUGCCCUAUGCUUUCAUACGGAAUUCUAAUACAAAUAAAGGAAUUUUGUCAGUUU